UCGUCUCUCUCUCUCCCCUCUCUCUCUCAUUUCCCAGAAUUCUCUAUUUUCCAAGAAUUCCCAGAAGCUCAGAGGGGGGAAUUGGCUACCAGUCUUCAUUAUUGCGGGAGAUCCGUGACAAGAACGAAGAGAAAUAUCAUAAAGCUUCGAGCUUUACAGAUUACAGUGCUUCUGAGGAGGAAGAAGAAGAAGGAUGAGGCUGAGGAAACCGAUGAUGUUUUUGCUUGUCGUGACGGUUCUUGCCCCAAUCGUCCUCCAUACUCGCACUCUCACCACUUACUUUACUUCCUCUUCUUCCCGGAAUGAAUUUGUUGAAGAUGUGUCCAGCUUUACAUUGGGUGGUGAAAUCAGGCAUUUGAAUGUGCUGCCUCAGGAGUCUGAUAAAGUCAUGAAGGAACCAGAAGGUGUUGUUCAUUCAGAAAAUUUAAUUCUUCCCCUCUCCCAUGGAUCGGAUGCUCUAAGAGAGGAAAAUUCACGUAAAGCCCGACAGCUUGCUCAAGAAUUACUGGAAAAUGAAAAGACCAGAUCUUAUACCGGGAACAGCAUUGGGGGAUCUGAAAAAGCAAAGGUCGAGAAUCCCAUGAGGCAGGUGACUCUUGAUGGGCAUGUAGCACAUCAGGAGGACAAAGAUUCAGUAAAACCUGCAACAAAUAGGGCAACCCGAAACACUAGUAGAGCUCAUACAAGGGAAACCAACCACACAUCAGACAGUUCAUCAGCAGAUAUCAAAACAAGACAGGAUCAGCAUAAUUCUCAUCCCUCUGGUAGGGUUGUUCCUGUUAGGAACAUCUCUACGAGUCAGACCAACCAAGUGGGACCACCGCCAGAUAAUCUUAUUCGCCAGCUUAAAGAUCAGCUUAUCAGAGGGAGGGUUUACCUUUCACUCUCAGCAACAAGUAAAAACACCCAUUUCAUAAGGGAACUCCGAUUGCGUAUGAAGGAAGUUCAAAGAGUGGUUGGUGUUGCUACAAAGGAUUCUGAGCUACCGAAGAAUGCCCAUGAGAAGUUGAAAGCAAUGGAGCAAACUUUGGCCAAGGGAAAGCAAAUACAAGAUGAUUGUUCUGCCUAUGUAAAGAAGCUUCGAGCUAUGCUUCACUCUACUGAAGAGCAGCUUCGGGCUCACAAGAAACAGACAUUAUUUUUAACCCAUUUAACCUCAAAAACACUUCCAAAGGGUCUUCACUGUCUUCCCCUGCGCCUCACAACAGAAUAUUUCAUGUUGAAUUCUUCACAACAGCAUUUUCCUAAUCAAGAGAAGUUAGAAGAUCCGAAGCUCUACCACUAUGCAAUCUUCUCGGACAACAUCUUAGCAGCAGCUGUUGUUGUAAACUCUACUGUUUCCCAUUUGAAGCACUCUUCGAACCAUGUUUUCCACAUAGUCACUGACAAGCUCAACUUUGCUGCAAUGAGAAUGUGGUUUUUGGCAAACCCUCCAAGAAAUGCUACAAUAAAUGUUCAGAACGUGGAGGAUUUUACAUGGCUAAAUUCAAGCUAUAGUCCGGUUCUCAAGCAGUUGAGUUCCCCUUCCAUGAUUGACUACUACUUCAGGGGCCGCCGUGCAAAUUCUGAUCCAAAUGUGAAGUUCAGGAACCCCAAAUAUCUCUCAAUCAUGAACCAUCUUCGUUUUUACAUGCCAGAGAUAUUCCCCAAACUGGAAAAGGUUCUUUUUUUGGAUGAUGAUGUCGUAGUCCAAAAGGAUCUUACCUCGCUUUGGUCAGUUAAUAUGAGAGGUAAAGUCAUUGGUGUGGUUGAGACAUGUGGAGAAAGCUUCCAUCGGUUUGAUCGCUAUCUCAACUUCUCAAAUCCUUUGAUUUCCAAAAAGUUCAAUCCCCGAGCUUGUGGAUGGGCGUUUGGGAUGAAUAUAUUUGAUCUGAAUCAAUGGCGGAGACAAAAUAUCACUGAGGUGUACCACUCAUGGCAGAACCUGAACCAGGACAGACAGUUGUGGAAGCUGGGAACUCUCCCGCCCGGUUUGAUUACCUUUUGGAACCAAACAUAUGCCCUUGAUCGGUCAUGGCAUGUCCUAGGCCUAGGCUAUGACCCAACCGUGAAUCAAAAGGACAUUGCAGCAGCAGCAGUGGUACACUACAAUGGUAACUUGAAACCUUGGCUUGAGAUUAGCAUUCCCAAGUUCCGAAAUCUCUGGUCAAAGUUCAUUGACUUUGACCAAGUCUAUCUGCGAGAAUGCAACGUCAAUUCAUUGAGUGACUCCUAAUUCCCCCUCCCUCCCUAUUAUUCUUUAUGUUUCUCUAGUCAAAUUUUUUAAGGUAUAUGAAUGGCGGGCCAAGCGCAACCAAUGGAGUCUUUGAAUGCCCGAGGUUCGAACCAAUUUCUUUGCAAAUGCAAGGGAACGUUUGCCUAAAUUAUGCCCUUCCCUAGGUAAAUUUCAUAAAUGGUACUUUAACUAUAAUCAUUGUAGUGUUGGUACCUCAACUUAUCUGUUUAACAAUUUUGUACCCCAACUCUUUUGAAAUGAUGUCGGUGUUUUUUCGACCACAAUUGUCUUACAUUGGCCAAAAAAGUGCAUUUAAUCUUUGUGGACGUCAUUUUCAUAAAGAGUUGGGGUAUCAAAUUGUUACAUAAACAAGUUUAAGUACCAAAAAUGUACAAUGGGUAUGGUUAAAAGUAGGGCUAUGUGGGAGUUUUGGCUGUCCUUUUUGUUUUUGUUAAGGGGUAUAUAUGUCUUAGUUGAUAGAGUGAGAGCUCUAUAUUUGAAUGUGCCUAGUAGAUUUUGUGGCUGACAUGUUUAGAUUUUUUUACAGUUUAUGCCCAAGUGCAGAUGUAUCACUAAAUGACUGAGCAUAGUCUAUUCAUUUUGUAUCUUUAUUAUUAUUGAGCAUUAUUUUUUGGUCUUGACACAUUAACAUAGGUCUCACAUAAAUGAGGCCUUUUUGUUCCAUUGCAUAGUUUGUUAUGUCCAAUCUGUAAAACUAUAGUUUGA